AUGAAGUUGUAUUCCUCAAGAUUUCGACAAUUUCUGGAGAAAUGGCCGGGGAAAAAGUAUCUUGGCAUGUAUAGAUUUCUACCAAUAUUUUUUGUAUUGGGAGCAGCUUUAGAAUUCUCUAUGAUCAACUGGCACGUUGGUGAAGUGAAUUUUUAUAGAACUUUUAAAAGAAGACAAGCCAAAAAUAUAGUCGAACAGGAGAUUUACUCUGAACAGCCUCAUAGUGUUUAAAAUAGUAAAAUCAGCGUAGGAACAUGCCUGCUGGUGUUAGCUGGGGAAGGUAUGGAAUGUUUACUCUAGCAGCUUUGCUGUCUAUGAUGGCGGGUUCCCAAGCAGUCCAUAUUUAUUACAAACCUUUGUCAGAUAUGAAUAAGUAUAUAGAAG